AUGUAUGAACUUUCAACACCAGGUUUCGAUAUUACAAUUUGCUUCUCUUUAUUAGGAGUUGGUGAUUUAGAAGGAAAUGAUAUAAAUUCAAUUGAAUUUUCAAGAAGAAUAAACAAAUUAAUUUUACCAGAAUAUAUAAUUCAAGCUGUUUUUUCAGUAUGGUUCCUUAUAACAUUUAGAUUCUUUUUAUUUUUAUUAAAUUCACCAGUUUUAGUUUAUCAUUAUUUAAGGUAUGAUUAUUUUUCAUUUAUUAUAUCAUAUAAUAAUAAAGAAAGAAUUAAAAGAAAUUGUUACUAA